AUGGAGAAAUAUGAUUCUAAUUUUAAUGAAAAGGAUGCAUUUGCUAAGUAUCUUUGCAGAGAAGAAACAAUAGAUCAAGAUAUUCCAAGACGUGCACUUCGCGAAGCUUUUAUUCCAUGUUCAAUUAAUCAUCCAGGUUUUGUGAAAGUUUUAGCAUGGAGUAUGGAACCAAGAGGUAACAUGUUGCAAAUGAAAUUGAGUUUGGAAAAAAGAAAACCAUAUGAAAAAAGUAUAAAAUUCAAUUCUGAACAACUAGUAGAGAUUAUAUACAUUGCUUUUAGGGAACUCAGAUAUAUUAAUGAUUCAUUAGGUGUAUACCAUAAAGAUAUAAAACCAGCCAAUAUUGUUUUCAUUGAAAAUUUCGAGAUUACGCCAGGUAAAACAAUUGCUUAUUUCCCCAAGUUUACUGACUUUGGCCUUAUACGUGCACUUGAAAAAGAUACACAAGCUUCGACUACUUCACAAACAGCUGGGUUUUCACCCAAAUGUUUCACGCAUUUCGUAGAUUUCUUUGAUAAAUAUGCUCUUUUCCUCACAUUUAACGAGUUUAUCAAUAUCAAUUACAAAGAUGGCAAAAAUUUCUCAAUAAUUUCUACAAUUCGAAAAAUCGCAAUAAAACUUGACAAAAUACAGGAAGAAUAUACUAAAUUGAAGGAAUAUGUAAACGAUAUAUCCAAUAACUUUGAAGAAAUGAUGUUUGAAGACCCUGAAGUCAAAAAAAUCCUUUCUCCGAUCAAAAAUUUCUAUGAUUCACUAUUUGUUGUGGAAACUGAUAUAAUUAAAAUACUUAAUGGCGAUAGGAAGGCAUUCUUUAAUACAUUUUUGCUUCAAAAAAAUUUAUAUAAAAUUGAAGAUCCAAGAAUGUAUUUAUGGUUUUACAUAUUCUUCAGAGAUGGUAUUUGCUGCCCGAGGAAUAAGUAUUUGGCCGAUCAUUUCUUACAUUUGACCCUUCAUCCAAAUGAUCCAAUGGAUUCAACGCCGCUGAAAACAUCUCUCGCCAAAAAUGACCCUGAUGCAUGGUUCGCAUACGGAAUUCUGAAUUUGGAUGUUAACAACGAAUUGAGCGAAAAAAUCUUUACAAAAUUCUUAGUUUCAAUCAAAAAGGACUAUGGCAAGUAUGAGAAAUAUACAGACGCAUUAGCUUAUUACUUUUAUGUGAAAGGUUUUGAAGAUAAAUUAGAUAAAUUCUUGGGAAUGCAUUUCACAAAAGAAUUGUAUUUGAAAAGAUUAGAUGACUAUAUUACUGACUAA